AUGUCUCGGCGCAAGCAGGCCAAGCCCCAGCACCUCAGGUCGGACGAGGAACUGCCGCCGCCGGACGGGGCUCCGGAGCACGCCAGCCCCGGGGACGGCGCGGAGGACGCGGACAGCGGGCACGACAGCCGCAGCGGCGGCGAGGAGACCAGCGUGUGCGAGCGGUGCUGCGCCGAGUUCUUCAAGUGGACCGACUUCCUGCGGCACAAGGAGAGCUGCGCCGAGCACCCGCUGGUGCUGAUCGUGCGCGAGGAUGAGCCCGCCCCGCCCGCCGACGACCUUCCCGAACCUUCUCCCGCCAGCUCCCCGGGCGGCGAGCGCGCCGACAGCGAGGCGGCCGCCGAGGAGGCGGGCGCGCCCGAGGCGGGUGAGGGGAAGGCGGCGGCCGCGGAGGCCGAGCCCAUGGACGUGGAGGCGCCGCCCGCCGAGCCGGGCCCGCCGGGCCCCGCCGCGCCCGCGCCCGCCGCGCGGCCCCCCGCGCCCGCGCCCGCCUUCGGCGUGCCCAGCACCAACGUGACGCUGGAGACGCUGCUGGGCACCAAGGUGGCCGUGGCGCAGUUCUCGCAGGGCGCGCGCGCGGGGGCCGCGGCGGGCGCGGGCGCCGUGCCCGCCAUCCUGGAGCAGCUCGUGGCCCUGCAGCAGCAGCAGAUCCACCAGCUGCAGCUCAUCGAGCAGAUCCGCAGCCAGGUGGCCCUCAUGAGCCGCGCGCCCGCGCCCGCGCGCGCCCCGCCGCGCCCCGCCGCGCCCGCGCCGCUCCAGGGCCCGGCCCCGCACGCCACCCUGCCGCUGUCCGCGGGCCCGGGCCCCGCCGCCGCCCCGUCGGCGGCCUUCGAGGGCCCCCAGGCCCUGCCCGCUGCGGGCUCCGGGGGCCCCGCGGAGCCCGGGGCCCUGGCGGCCUCCGCGGCCGGCCCGGGCGCUGCGGCCUCGGCCUCGGCGGCGGGCGGCGCGUCCCAGCCGCAGAGCGCGUCCACGUCUCCGGCCCUGGCCCCCGGGCCGCCCCCAGGCUCCGGCCCCGGACUGCCAAACCCCCUGCUACCUCAGACCUCGGCUGCCGGCGGCGGCAGCAGCAGCGUCAUCUUCCCCAACCCGCUGGUCAGCAUCGCCGCCACGGCCAACGCGCUGGACCCGCUGUCGGCCCUCAUGAAGCACCGCAAGGGCAAGCCCCCCAACGUGUCAGUGUUCGAGCCCAAGGCCAGCGCCGAGGACCCCUUCUUCAAGCACAAGUGCAGGUUCUGCGCCAAGGUCUUCGGCAGCGACAGCGCGCUGCAGAUCCACCUGCGCUCGCACACCGGGGAGCGGCCCUUCAAGUGCAACAUCUGCGGGAACCGCUUCUCCACCAAGGGCAACCUGAAGGUGCACUUCCAGAGGCACAAGGAGAAGUACCCCCACAUCCAGAUGAACCCCUACCCCGUCCCCGAGUACCUAGACAACGUGCCCACCUGCUCGGGGAUCCCCUACGGCAUGUCGCUGCCCCCUGAGAAGCCGGUGACUACCUGGCUGGACAGCAAGCCCGUGCUGCCCACGGUGCCCACGUCCGUGGGGCUGCAGCUGCCCCCGACCAUCACAGGCACCCACAGCUACAGCGACUCCCCCAGCGUUACCCCUGCCAGCCGCUCCCCACAGAGGCCCUCCCCUGCGUCCAGCGACUGCAUGUCCCCGGGCCUCAGCCACGUGGAGUCUGGCCUGGCGGGGCCGGCCGAGUCUCCACAGCCGCUCCUCGGCGGGCCUGCUCUGACGAAAACUGAGCCGGUCAGCCUGCCCUGUGCCAGUGCCAGAACCGGAGAGGCUCCCGUGGUGGCAGGGCAGGUGGGCGGACUGCCCACAUCCUCGGCCACCACCGUCACGGACAGCGCCUCCGCGAGCCUGGGCAGCCCCGGGCUUCCUGCCGUCUCUGACCAGUUCAAGGCCCAGUUUCCCUUUGGUGGGCUGCUCGAUUCCAUGCAGACGUCGGAGACCUCGAAACUGCAGCAGCUGGUAGAGAACAUCGACAAAAAGAUGACCGACCCCAACCAAUGUGUGAUCUGCCACCGUGUGCUGAGCUGCCAGAGCGCGCUCAAGAUGCACUACCGGACGCACACGGGUGAGCGGCCCUUCAAGUGCAAGAUCUGCGGCCGUGCCUUCACCACCAAAGGCAACCUGAAGACGCACUUCGGGGUACACCGCGCCAAGCCGCCCCUGCGCGUGCAGCACUCCUGCCCCAUCUGCCAGAAGAAGUUCACCAACGCCGUGGUCCUGCAGCAGCACAUCCGCAUGCACAUGGGCGGGCAGAUCCCCAACACGCCGCUGCCCGAUGGCUUCCAGGACGCCAUGGACGCCGAGCUGCCCUUCGACGACAAGAGCGCGGAGACGCUGAGCGGCUACGACGACGACAUCGAUGACAACUCCAUGGAGGAGGACGCGGAGCUCAAAGACACAGCCAGCGACUCGUCCAAACCGCUCCUCUCCUUCUCGGGGUCUUGUCCACCCUCGCCCCCCUCGGUCAUCUCCAGCAUUGCCGCCCUGGAGAAUCAGAUGAAGAUGAUCGACUCGGUCAUGAACUGCCCGCAGCUGGCUGGCUUGAAGUCCGUGGAGAACGGGUCCGGGGACAGCGACCGCCUGAGCAACGACUCGUCCUCAGCUGCGGGAGACCUGGAGAGCAGGAGCGCCGGCAGCCCCGCCCUGUCCGAGUCCGAAUCCUCGCAGGCACUGUCACCCGCCAACAGCCACGGGGAGAGCUUCCGCUCCAAGUCCCCCGGCCUCGGCGCCCAGGAGGAUCCUCAAGAGAUUCCCCUCAAGACAGAGAGGCCCGACAGCCCGCCCGCCGGCCCCGGGAACGGAGGCGCCCUGGACCUGACGGCGGGCCCCCCCGGCCGGCCGGCCAUCAAGGAGGAGACCCCCUUUGGCCUGCUGUUCCUCAACAGAGAGCGCGGUAAGUGUGCGAGCACUGUGUGUGGUGUCUGUGGGAAGCCCUUCGCUUGCAAGAGCGCGCUGGAAAUCCACCACCGCAGCCAUACCAAGGAACGGCCGUUUGUCUGCACGGUCUGCAGGCGGGGCUGUUCCACUAUGGGUAAUUUAAAGCAGCACUUACUGACGCACAGAUUGAAAGAGCUGCCUUCUCAGGUAUUUGACCCCAACUCUACCCUAGGUCCCAGCCACAGCACUCCUGGCCUGGUCGCUAGUCCCACGCCAACCAUGAUCAAGAUGGAAGUGAACGGUCACGUCAAGGCCCCUGUGCCGGGUGAGGGUCCGCCCCCACCCCUGCCCGCCGGAGUCCCGCUCCCUACGGGGCCCCAGGCCGUGAUGAGCCCCGGUCUGGCACCCAUGCUGGCCCCCCCGCCGCGCCGGACUCCAAAGCAGCAUAACUGCCAGUCAUGCGGGAAGACCUUCUCCUCAGCCAGUGCCCUGCAGAUCCACGAGCGCACCCACACCGGGGAGAAGCCCUUCGGCUGUACCAUCUGCGGCCGGGCCUUCACCACCAAGGGCAACCUCAAGGUACACAUGGGGACGCACAUGUGGAAUAACGCACCCGCGCGGCGUGGCCGCCGCCUGUCUGUGGACAACCCCAUGGCCCUGCUGGGCGGGGACGCCCUCAAGUUCUCCGAGAUGCUGCAGAAGGACCUGGCGGCCCGGGCCAUGAACGUGGACCCCAGCUUUUGGAACCAGUAUGCGGCCGCCAUCACGAACGGGCUGGCCAUGAAGAACAACGAGAUCUCCGUCAUCCAGAACGGAGGCGUGCCCCCACUCCCAGUAAGUCUAGGCGGAGGCGCCAUCCCCCCCCUGGGCGCCGGGACCGGCACGGUGGACAAGCUACGCACGGGCAGCAGCCCGCCCAUGGUCAGCCUGGACAAGGCAAGCUCCGAGGCCGGAGCCGGCCGGCCGUUCACCAGGUUCAUUGAGGAUAACAAGGAGAUUGGUAUCAACUAGCGGCCGGCACCCGGGCCCUGCCCGUCCGCUCUGCCCCACACCCACAUUUUGCAGUUUGAGCGUCAG